CUUAUACAUGAGGUCAGGAUGAGGAUUACAUGAAAACGAUCAAAACCAAAACAAUAUUUUUUUCCUCCAGUAGCAUCCUGCCAGCAACCAGCAACGCCCUGUAUCCUAGACCGGCGUGCGUACCACACAGACGCACAAACCGGUAAAAGGAUAACGGCGGCUGCUACAUCGAGCUGCUGUUUCCGAAGCAUCUGCAGCGCUGUUCGGCUCUUUUUUUGCUUCAUCCCAAAUACCAGAGACUAUAGAUUGUCAUCAACACUACUGCUGAGGAUGUGUGAGAGUAUUUCGAUGCGAGUUCGGAUCGGAUGGAUUCAAUGAAAGGAAUAAUCCUACCGAGGAGGAAAAACAUGACAGGAAUCCUGUUCCCCUGACGAUUCUCGGGACUGUCUGGGGGACCUUUUGGUGUAGAGGGAUUGUGCCGUUUUGUCUGAAGGGAUCAACUGAGCACUGUUGCUCUCACCCAGAGAGGAGAACCAGCAGCUGGAGCUGCUUACCUGUCAUUUCAACACACAAUAAGAACCCAACAGCAUGGCAGAGAGGACAGUGGAGCAGGUCUCCGUCAGCAUCCCCAUGGAGGAGACCAAACUCCACACUGGAGCGCCUCCGGAGGCCCCACUGCUCACCCACUUAAAGAAAGUGGAGAACCACAUCACUGAGGCUCAGCGCUUCUCCCACCUCCCACGCCGCUCUGCUGUGGACCUGGAGUUCAAUGAGCUCUCGUACACCAUCCGCGAGGGCCCCUGGUGGAGGAGGAGAGGUUACAAAGCCCUCCUCAAGUGUCUGUCGGGAAGAUUCAGAAACAAGGAGCUGAUUGGCAUCAUGGGGCCUUCUGGAGCCGGGAAAUCCACUCUGAUGAAUAUCCUGGCGGGCUACAGGGAGACGGGCAUGAAGGGCCAGAUCCUGGUGAAUGGUCGACCGAGGGACCUGAGGACCUUCAGGAAGAUGUCGUGCUACAUCAUGCAGGAUGACAUGCUGCUGCCGCAUCUCACUGUGCGGGAGGCCAUGAUGGUUUCUGCCAAUCUGAAACUGAAUGAGAGCAUGCAGGUCAAAAAAGAACUUGUGGAUGAGAUCCUGACUGCUCUGGGUCUUCAGGAGUGUGCUCAGACACGCACCAACUCUAUCUCCGGGGGCCAGUGUAAAAGGCUGGCCAUCGCCCUGGAGCUGGUCAACAAUCCUCCCGUCAUGUUCUUUGAUGAGCCCACCAGUGGUCUGGACAGCUCGUCCUGCUUCCAGGUGGUUUCCAUCAUGAAGUCUCUGGCUCUGGGAGGGCGGACAAUCAUCUGCACCAUUCAUCAGCCCAGUGCCAAGCUCUUUGAGAUGUUUGAUAAGCUGUACAUCCUCAGUCAGGGUCAGUGCAUAUACAAGGGCACAGUCCCUUACCUCAUCCCUUAUCUGAAGAACCUGGGCCUCCACUGCCCGACAUAUCACAAUCCUGCUGACUUCAUCAUUGAGGUGGCGUCAGGGGAGUAUGGGGAUCUGAAUUCAGUGCUGUUUGAGGCAGUCCAGGGUGGACUGUGCUCCGAGGAGGGCAAGAAGAACAAGAAUGACUCUUCCUGUCCCUCUCAAUGUCCCAGUGAGACAGGAACCCUGGAGAAACAUAGCUUUGCCACCAGUACAUUCACACAGUUCUGCAUCCUCUUCAAAAGAACCUUCAUUACAAUAUGCAGGGACAUGGUGCUGACCCACCUCAGGGUGAUGUCCCAUAUUUGUGUUGGAGUGCUGAUUGGCCUGCUUUAUCUCAAGAUUGGAAAUGAUGCCAGCAAGGUCUUCAACAACACGGGCUUCCUCUUUUUCUCCAUGUUGUUCCUCAUGUUUGCUGCCCUGAUGCCCACCAUCCUAACCUUUCCUCUGGAGAUGUCCGUGUUUAUGAGGGAACAUCUCAACUACUGGUACAGCCUGAAGGCCUAUUAUUUGGCCAAAACCAUGGCUGACAUACCGUUCCAGGUGCUUUGUCCAAUCUUGUACUGUAGUAUAGUGUACUGGAUGACUGAACAGCCUCCAGAGGUGGGUCGCUACCUGCUCUUUAUGGCCUUGUCCACAUCCACAGCCCUGGUGGCCCAAUCCCUAGGGCUGCUUAUAGGGGCUGCAUCCACGUCUCUGCAGGUGGCAACCUUUGUGGGUCCAGUCACAGCCAUACCAGUACUCCUCUUCUCUGGCUUCUUCGUCAAUUUUGACACCAUUCCCAAAUACCUACAGUGGAGCUCUUAUGUUUCCUAUGUCAGGUACGGCUUUGAGGGGGUGAUACUCUCAAUCUAUGGGAUGAACCGGUCGGAGCUGGAGUGUCCGGGCGUAGUGUGUAAGUUCCAAAAGCCAGAGGAGGUCCUGCAGCUGCUGGAUGUGGAGGAUGCAAAGCUCUAUGUGGACUUCAUGGUGCUGGGGGGUUUCUUCGUGGUCUUCAGACUGGCUACUUACCUGGUUCUGCGUUACAAAGUCAAGUCAGAGCGUUAAAAUGUCCAGAGGCUAAUGGAUUUGGACGCUCGCACAUAUCCCAGCAGUGUGAGAUAGUAAACAAACAUAUAGUUUCUCUUUCUUUGUCUCUACCUUACAAACAUGUACAAAGACAUACACAAGUCCAGCACAUAAAAACAUCAUAAAGGUGUGCUGCACCACCAAACUGUACAGUAUAAUAUCAUGUUUUAAACAGUUUGUUUUUAAGAAAAGGGAUCAACCCUAUCUGCCCAUUAUUACCCUUAAGGUCCUUAAUAGUGUUUUUCAGAUCACCAUUACCUUCCAACAACAUUGUGUAUCUGCACUAUACAAUACCAGAAUACCCAACAAAGUAACAAAAAGCAUGUGUCUUUAAACUGAGAAAUUUAGAUUCUUGGUCACUCCAAGAAAGUGCCACAUGAAUCAUGAGCUCAAGCCUCCGAGUUUAUGUUGAGCCAUAGUAACCAUCUUUGUUCGGGAGUGUCCAAUAACUUGUAGCUUCUCAAUUCAAUGCCUACAAAGAUAAUCCAACAUCCAAAUCCACAUCAGCAACCAUCAAGGAACACGAUUUCAAGACGAACACCCUUCAUAUGCCGUCAGAAAAAGUGGAACGUUUCAGUGCCAGAACACUUUUGUGCGGUUUCUCGCUCUCCUGUAGAAACAUCUCAUCAGGUAUCGUAACCAAGACGUUGAACACAAUUGCUUUUCUUUACGGAAUGAGACUUUAACAAACCGACUGCCAGUGGAUGACUUUCCUCGCUUUUCAUCUCCAGUGUGGAUCAUUUUUGCAGGACCUUCUGCCCUACCAUCAACGGUGGUAGAAGCCAGGCCUAUGAUUCCUUACUGGCUCCAUUAUAUAACACGUUUGUCUCAGCCAUUAACCGGGGAAGCGUUCAGAAAACAAGCAUGACUGCUGUUUCCAGCCUGAGGCAGAGGGCUGUUGCACAGAGAGAAUGGUGUUUUAGGUGAGGUGCAACAGCCUAAUCUAUGGUUAAAAAAAAGUCUAAUCUGUGUCGCUCUUUUGAACUGCUUGUUUCCACUCGUUGUAUGACUCUUUAGCUGCCUCCUCCCUGAGUUCCUUCUCUUUCUCUCUGCUUUGCUGAUGUCUGACAGAUGUGUGUUGUUCGAAACAAUGCUAGAUACCUUGAAGCGUUUUUUUUCAGGUUUUGUGCCUCUGAACUAGAAUGAUUUGAGUUUCCGCUGCUUCAUUGUUUGCACAUACACCUUAUGUCAAGAAACAUACACACACACACACACACACACACACACACACACACACACACACACACACACACACACACACACACACACACACACACACACACACACACACACACACACACACACGCGCGCGCGCACACACACACAGCAAUGUUUAGAAGAGCCUCUCCUUGUUGCAGGGCAGUGCGAAUAUUUUCCAAUAGACUUGCUAUGAAAUAUUUCUUACUCAAACUAUGCUACUUAGUAAUCCUUAUUAUAAUGCAUAAAAUAACGUGCGUAUAUAAUCAACGAUUGUACAGUGAAUAUGUCAUGCCGUAAACAAAAUGUACAUUUGCACUUUUCAAUGUAUGUUUAUCCUUUUUUUAUUUAAUUUAAUUUUUUAUAUAUCUAUGUGAUGAGCGCUGCUUGAAAGUAUAACGGGAAAACAGCAACCGAAUGUUGCAUGUUCACAAUAGGAAUGAAAUUUAAGGAAUAUUACAUUUCAGAGUAAAGCGUAACAAUUUCAUUUCCUCAUCCAAAUGUAUGUAUCCUUCCAUGGAGAUGCAAAGCCUCUGCUUUCUGCUGAACAUUUUUAGAAUAUCUGGGAUUGAGUGCGUCACUGGUGCAGAUAAAAAAACAAGAAGAAAGAAUCAGGAGUGAGAUGGCAAUGUAGAAAUGUGCUGGAAGGAAAAAAGAUCACCACAUGUAUCUUUAUGUAGCUAAAGAGAUUGGCGUUCUCUUUAGGGACACACGGGAUCAGAGAGCAGUGAUCGCUGAUCUGCUUCACUGUUCAGCAGGUGGAGUCCUGCAGACAGAAAGCAGCUGGUGGAUGUUUGGAGUCUGUCAUUAAUAGCAAUAGUUAACAUUGUGAUGCUUGUUAUACCUCCCACAGAUGUGGCAUAAGUCAGUUCAUAUGUAUUGAGAGCUUGACUUGACUCCUUUUGUUCCUACCAGUUUUAUUAUGUGCAAUAACCAUCCAAAGGUGUUUUAACUCUAUGAGACCAAUUUCAUGAAGGGAAAAUGUGAUGCUGCAAUAUGUCUCUUUUUUUAUCUUUUCAUUUUAGUUGUGUUUUUGUUGCUUCUGUUCAUUCGCUAAUUUGUUGUUUACUGGAUAACCGUAUUAAUAAUUUAAUUAGAGGGACAGAAACAGAAUAAUAAUAAUAAUAAUAAUAAUAAUAAUUGUUAAACGUACUGUAGAUGGGUGCUGGAUAAAGCCACCAGGCAGAUUUUUCUCUUUUAAUGUCAGAACCCGUCGAUGUAAUUGGUUCUCAAGUUAGUGCAGGAAAAUGUGUAGCAUGAGAGAAGUAUUGCAUAAAGUCACUUUUACUGCCAACACAGCAGAUAUGUGUUUUAUUAUUCAAUUAUAUCAAAAAGCCAUGAGUUGGUAGCAGACCUGCAGGUAUGAAUUUGUAUGGGGGGGAAAAAAGAGAAAAGAAAGUGAUCCAACCCCGGAACAAAGCAGGGAUAAUUAGUAAUGUUUAAGUCAUUAACCAGUCUGGGAACAACUUGGCCUGAGGGCUUUAGGCCUGUGGUACCAAAGAAGAAAACAAAUCAUUCUUCUACUGGUGUAAAAUGUGAAAUGUAGAGGGUGCAGCUCUCAAUGAGACUAUGUUGUCAAAUGUUCUAGUUAUUUUUCUGGCCAAACAAUGAGCUCUGAAAAGUCGCCCGCGAUGUUUGUAGUAAUGCAAAUCCUGCUGGAUUUUCCAUCCUCUUAAAAUGUUCAUGUUUCUUGAGUUUCAUUGUCAUUUCCAGGUCAGAACAGUGAUUAUCACAGACAGAUAUUAUUUGGCUCCAGUGGAGAUAUUAAAAUCACAUGUAAGUAGUAUUCUGGAAGGCACUGUGCGGGAUGCAGCUGAUGAGCACACGUUCAAUUCUUUGUCACUCUCUUUGACACUUUUAUUUAUCAUGUCACUAUUUCACCUGUUUGCCAUAAUAAGCCACCUGACAGUGCAAUCUAACAUGCAUGGUAAAUAAUUAUAUGCAGGCUAUCCCUGCAGAAAGAUUGUCUGAUUGAAAAUUAGUAAUAGAAUGGAAGACUGCUUAACACGGAUUGUUUUUUAAUUUUUUGUUUAAUAUAAUUUGUUUAUCAUUUAUAGAUUACUUUAUGGUUUGUCAACAAAAAAAAAUGCAAGUUCUGUAUACUGAACGCUGUUAAAAGGAUUAUAAUAAAGAUCAUUUAUAACCUUU